UGAAAGAAUGGUGGAGAGCAAAGGCAGAAGAGGAAAUGGAGGAAGAUGAUGAUGAUGAUGAGUUUGGUGAAAACACUGAUGUUGGAUGGGAAGAGAAGGAUAAAUGGAGAGACAUACUCCGGAAUGCCCUAGAGGAGGAAGAGUCUAUGGCCCGACAGUCUCUUUACGCUAUGGAAUUAGCAGCAAGAAGUGAGGACUGUGAAUGGGAAUGGUGUGUGCAGUCACACCUCAAAGGAUGUGCAUACACUGACAGUGACCCACAUCUACACAAACAACAACAACAACAACAACAACACCCAGAACCGUUGCUACUGAGUAUAAAAGAGCAGCGGUGUCGAGAUGCAAUGUUGCGUGAGAUUGAGCGACUCACACGCCUAAAAGCAGCUGUGCGGCACGAGAUGCACGAAAUGCGUCUNCGUGAUGGUGUUUCUCAGUGGCGAAUGAAGGUGCGAGUGCAAAGAAGAAGAAAAGAAGGAGGAGGAGUGUCUACCCCUUCUUCCUUGCCGAUGAGAGAAGUGGCUGCAGAGUCCCCAUCACAACAAACACAAUCGAACCAACAACAACAAGAAGAAGAAGAAGAGUAUGAGAUUGAUUUACACCGGAUUCAUAGAGAUACACUGAGGGUUUCCCAAAAGCUCACUGCACUGCGUCAAGAACGAGAUGAGCUUGAAACCAUGAAAGAAUGGUGGAGAGCAAAGGCAGAAGAGGAAAUGGAGGAAGAUGAUGAUGAUGAUGAGUUUGGUGAAAACACUGAUGUUGGAUGGGAAGAGAAGGAUAAAUGGAGAGACAUACUCCGGAAUGCCCUAGAGGAGGAAGAGUCUAUGUCCCGACAGUCUCUUUACGCUAUGGAAUUAGCAGCAAGAAGGGAGGACUGUGAAUGGGAAUGGUGUGUGCAGUCACACUUCAAAGGAUGUGCAUACACUGGCAGUGACCCACAUCUACACAAACAACAACAACAACAACAACAACACUUCCUCCUGAACUCACAAACAACAAGAAGGGUGAUGCAGACAGCAGCAGCAGUAUCAGCAGUUCUGUGUGGGUGCGUGUACCACUACUGA